AUGGGGGAGAAUGAGAAGACGACAGCGGAAUUGGAAGUCGACAGUGGAAAGUCGACAGCCGAAAGACGAACUGGAAGACGACAGUGGAAAAGCAAGCAGGUCAUGCACGGCCAGACAGAACGCCAGAGGUCCUGCUCGCCUGGAGGUCGCGGAAACCUCCAGCUGCUGGCGUGCAAGGAUAAGAUUGAUGAUGAUUCCCCACUGCAGUCGUCUUGA